GACAUCUUCUGAUUCUUUCUCAAUGUUUGCACUGUUUGCUUUUCUAUACAACCAACGUUAACACUUUUGCUAUUUCACACGACUUUUAAACAUCAUGGCGUCUAUGAAUGGCACCCAUGGUGCCCCUGUUCUUCCUCAUCGCCCUCCUCCUCCAGCAACCGCCUUGUCAGCAACUGAGCUGAUCGGUAACACGCCCCUAGUCCGCCUGAACAAGAUCCCGGCCUCUUUUGGAAUCGAAUGCGAUGUCUACGCCAAAGUCGAGCUUUUCAACGCAGGUGGUUCGGUGAAGGACCGUAUCGCACUGCGCAUGAUUGAGGAAGCCGAGAAGUCAGGACGCAUAAAGCCUGGCGACACCCUGAUCGAACCAACGAGUGGCAACACCGGUAUUGGUCUGGCGCUGGUGGGCGCUAUCAAGGGCUACAAGACCAUCAUCACUCUGCCCGAAAAGAUGUCUGCCGAGAAGGUCAGCGUUCUGAAGGCGUUGGGUGCCACAAUCAUCCGCACGCCCACACAGGCCGCGUGGGAUGCCCCCGAGUCGCACAUCGGUGUUGCACGUCGCUUAGUAAAGGAGAUUCCGAAUGCGCAUAUCCUCGACCAGUACUCAAAUCCAGACAAUCCGCUUGCGCACGAGUUCGGUACGGCCGAAGAGAUCUGGCAGCAGACUGGAGGAAAGGUCACCUGCAUAGUUGCCGGUGCUGGCACUGGCGGCACAAUCACUGGGUUGGCAAAGGGGCUGAGGAAACACAGCAAGGACAUCAAGAUUGUGGCUGCCGAUCCCCAUGGAAGUAUUCUCGCGAUACCCGAAGCGCUCAAUGACGAGCACCGCGACGAGUCGUACAAAGUCGAGGGUAUUGGCUAUGACUUCAUCCCAGACGUGCUGGACCGAGAACUUAUCGACAAAUGGUACAAGACGGACGACGUGGAAAGCUUCAGACUCGCAAGGAGGCUUAUUUCGGAGGAAGGUCUUCUAGUUGGUGGCAGCUCUGGCAGCGCCCUGUCUGCGGCCAUCAAGGCGAUCAAGGACUUAGGCCUUGGAAAAGGAGAUGUGGUUGUUGUGGUACUGCCAGAUAGCAUCAGGAGCUAUCUGAGCAAAUUUGCUGACGACGACUGGUUGGCAGCAAACGGCCUUUUGGAAGAGGCUGACAAGGCCGCCAAGGAAGGUGUUAAGGAUGGAGAGGCGGCUAAGACCGACAAGGAUCCUUACGGUGGUGCCAACGUCAGCUCGCUGAGAUUGAAGCCCGUGACAUCGGUCCUCACCAGCAGCCUAUGCUCGGAAGCCAUCGAGACGAUGCGAGAAAAGGGUUUCGAUCAGCUGCCUGUGCUCAAUGGUCCUGGUGGCAAGCUCGUUGGACUCGUAACUCUUGGAAACCUGCUGAGCUACAUCUCGCGCGGACGAGCAAGUGGCCAGAGCCCAGUCAAGGAUGUCAUGUUCGACUUCGGACGUCUGGACGAGGUGGUUACGGACUCGCGUCAAGGCAAGGGCAAGAAACGCCGCCAGUUUGUUGAGAUCACGAUGGAUACCCCCUUGACUGAACUCAGUAGCUUCUUCGAGUGGAACAGUGCGGCCGUUGUCACGGAGCGCAGCGAUGGCAAAGACAAGGCGCUUAGCAAGCCCCUUGCUAUCGUGACUAAAGUUGACUUGUUGACCUGGAUGGUAAAGCAGGUCAAAGUCUAAGCUUUCUUUCCGACAGAUUGUCAAGCCCAGGCGUUCAGGGGAGGCAGGAUGCAUUAUGUGUCAAUCGGAUCAACUCGGUUAGAUAUUUAGACACGGACAUAGAGGCAAAUUAGAUAUAUUCAAC